UUGGGACAUUAAAGCAGUUCAAGUUCUACCAGAUUACAUGAGGAUUUGCUUUCUAGCACUCUACAACACUGUUAACGAAUUGGCCUAUGAUGUUCUUUACAAGCAAGGACUUGACAUCCUUCCCUACCUCACCAGAACAUGGUCAGAUAUGUUGAAAGCAUUCCUAAUAGAAGCCAAGUGGUGCAAGGAGAAAAAUAUACCAAAAUUUGAGGAGUACCUCAAUAAUGCUUGGGUGUCAGUGUCUGGUGUUGUUAUAUUAACGCAUGCCUAUUUCUUAUUGAAUCACAACAUCACUAAAGAAGCACUUGAUUCCUUGCAUAAUUAUCAUGACCUAUUGCGUGGACCAUCUACUAUUUUUCGACUUUGCAAUGAUUUGGGAACCUCUCAGGCUGAGCUACAAAGAGGUGAAGCAGCAAGCUCUAUUAUAUGCUACAUGAGGGAAAAUGGUGCAAGUGAGGAAUGUGCACACAAAUACAUAAACAAUGUGCUAGAUGAGACAUGGAAGAAAAUGAACAAAGAUAGAGUCACCAAUUCUCCAUUCUCUAAAUCUUUCAUUGAAACAGCAAUGAACCUUGGUAGGAUUUCUCAGUGCACGUAUCAAUAUGGAGAUGCCCAUGGAGCACCUGAUGCAUCAGCAAAGAAUCGAAUUCGUUCUUUGAUAAUUGAACCUGUUUCUCUAUGAUGAAUUAUGAUAAUAUAUUUUGUAAUUUUUUUUGUUUAUAAAAAAUUCAGGUGAGUUUGUCAUCGCUCAUUAAUCAAUUCAGAAUAAAGCAUCAUAU